UGCGUCCGUCUCCUCGACUUUGUUUGACAAGGUUGCAUUGGAAAGUCAAGAUGGUUUCCAAUCAACUAGGUGACCAGAAAACGGAUGCGACAAGAUGGAGACUUCGAGAUGUUGGCGGAGAGCAGACAUGGCAUUACCUGAGCGAGGAACAAGUGCAAGAAUGGCCUCAGAGCACAGCAGACAAGUACUUUCUUGGUCUACCUACUGAACAACCCAACCUCCCUCCCGCAAAGACGCCUCUUGAAUCCGCCGAAAAUGGUCUCGAGUUCUUCUCCAAACUGCAACUUGCUCCGGGCAAUUGGGGAUGCGAAUAUGGUGGUCCCAUGUUCCUGAUCCCUGGUAUCGUCAUCACCUGGUAUGUCACCAAGACACCCAUCCCGGAAGCCUACCGAAUCGAAAUCAAGAACUAUCUAUACGCGCGUCAGCAUCCAGAAGACGGAGGAUGGGGUCUACACAUUGAGGGAGAGAGUACUGUCUUUGGUACAGCGAUGAACUACGUUGUCUUAAGAUUGCUGGGUGCCGAUGCUGAAGACCCACGCUUGAUCAAGGCUCGUGGCCUGUUGCACAAACUCGGAGGUGCUGUGAAUGGUCCUCACUGGGCAAAGUUCUGGCUGAGCGUCUUGGGCGUUACACCUUGGGAUCUCGUCAAUCCUGUGCCUCCAGAAUUGUGGCUGGUGCCGGACUGGGUGCCGAUUGCUCCCUGGAGAUGGUGGAUUCACAUGCGCAUGGUCUUCCUGCCCAUGUCGUUCAUCUGGUCCCGCAAGUGGUCUUUCCCUGCCGACAAAGUGGUCAAGGAGUUGAGGCAAGAGCUGUUCAUUGAGCCAUACGAGAACAUCAACUUUGCUUCUCACCGCAACUCCAUCUCGAGAUUCGACAACUACCACCCCAAGACUUGGGUUUUGAAUGUCAUCAACUGGAUCUUGGUAAACAUCUGGAAUCCAUUUCUGCGAACACAAUCACUGGUCAAGCGUGCCGAGGACUGGGUCUGGUUUCUGGUCAAGCGCGAAGACGAAAACUCCGAUUAUGCUGAUCUUGCUCCCGUCAAUGCGCCGAUGAACAUGCUCUGCUGCUACAUUGUUGAUGGUCCUGACAGCUAUUCCGUCCGUCGUCAUCGCGAACGCAUGGAAGAGUUCUUGUGGGUCAAAGAUGAAGGUAUGCUGGUAAAUGGCACAAACGGAGUACAGAACUGGGAUACAUCUUUCCUCAUCCAGGCUGUUGUCGAAUGCGAAAAAGCCGAAGACCCCAAAUGGAGACCUAUGCUCGAAAAAGCUCUUGAAUAUCUCGACAUUGCUCAGAUUCGGGAAGAGUGUGUUGAUCAACACGCAACAUAUCGUCAACAACGAAAGGGCGCAUGGGGUUUCAGCACAAAGGGUCAAGGCUACACUGUUUCUGACUGCACUUCUGAAGGCUUGAAGUCUGUGCUCAUGCUUCAAUUCUUGCCUAGUUAUCCUCAGCUCAUCUCUGACGAACGUGUCAAGGAAGCUAUUGAUGUGCUUCUGACCAUGCAAAAUAAGAAGUCAGGCGGCUGCUCUUCCUAUGAACCUCAACGUGGCUCUGAGCAGUUGGAAUGGCUCAAUGCCGCAGAAGUUUUCGGACGUAUCAUGGUCGAAUAUGACUACCCAGAAUGCACAACAGCCGUGGUAACAGCAUUAAACAUGUUCUCCAAGCUUUACCCUGGCUACCGCAGCAGAGAGAUUGCAACGUUCAAGAAGGGCGCUUACGAUUACAUCAGAAAAGCUCAACGAGCAGAUGGAUCAUGGUACGGCAGCUGGGCCAUUUGCUUCACCUACGCCGGCAUGUUUGCUCUAGAAGCCCUCGCCACAGCAGGAGAGAAUCACACAAACUCCGCCCGUGUACGCAAAGCCUGCAAAUUCUUCAUGGAUAAGCAAAUGAAAGAUGGUGGUUGGGGAGAAACCUACCGCAGUUGCGAGACUGGCGAAUAUAGCCAACACAAGCAGAGUCAAGUUGUGCAAACAGCUUGGGUGGUUAUUGCGUUAAUUGAAGCUGGAUAUCCUGAUAGAGCGCCUAUUGAGAAGGCGGUUAGGUUGGUCAUGUCGCGUCAACAGGCUAAUGGCGAGUGGCUUCAAGAAGGCAUUGAAGGUGUCUUUAACAAGAGCUGCAUGAUUUCCUACCCCAACUACAAGUUCAUCUUCCCCAUCAAGGCUCUGGGCAUGUUUGCCAAAAAGUUUGGCGAUCUCGAGCUUCAAUAGAGUGGACUCGUGCUGAGACCUAAAUGGAAGAUGGAAAUCUUUGGACAAAGGCUCAAAGGCUCGAUCGAUAUGAGUAUAUGAACAUUUAAAAGUAUUAACAGACUUCCAUACGCUUGAUCUUCUCUGUCUCUGAUGAACAAAUAAUUGGCGAAAUAUAUCUAAUGAUCG